GGAUAAGGGGAGGAGCCACAUGGCUAAAUUGCUUUUUCUAUUGGCUACACUGUAUUCUCGCUCCUCCCUUUCUUUCUCCCAGUGUGAGUCAAUGAUCAGAAUCCCAUGUGGGCAGGAGGCACAGAUAUCGCUAGUUUUCCGACAGUGGGAUUACCUGACGCUGCUUUGUAGCUGUGUGUCCUGGAUUAAAUGAGCAUGCGAAGCCUUUUACUGUGAGCCCUUCCCUGCCAGUGAUCCGCAUUUCGGGCCAUGGUACAUGACAAGAUGCUUGUGGCUGUUCCUGUUGCUUUUGUGUUCUUAAGCUUGCUGCCGAAAUGUAUGGGACAAUGCGAGGAAGCAGCCAAAAUGGCAGAAAUUGAUUUGAAUGUAAAGCACAACCUCCAGAAUUUUACUACCAAUACACCAAUACAAAAUAUUAUCAUGUUUAAGGGCUACGUAUAUGUGGGAGUGGUGAAUAAGAUUUAUGUCUUGAAUGAAAAUCUUACAAAAAUUUCUGAGUAUAAAACAGGCCCGUUGUUGGAGCACUCUGACUGUUUGCCAUGUAAAAACCGCACGGAUAAUGUUCUUUCACCAAAUGGCACCUGGAAAGACAAUGUUAACAUGGCUCUGUUUGUGGAGGAUUUCUAUGAUGACCAGCUCAUUAGCUGUGGAAAUAUAUGUAGAGGUGAAUGUCAGCGCCAUACUUUGCACUCGGAAAAACCCUGGGAUAUUGCCAGUAAUGUUCAUUGCUUAUAUUCAUCACAAAUGUUAAAAGAUAAAGACAGUUGUCCUGACUGCAUUGUUAGCACAGCAGGAAGUAAGAUCCUGGUAACAGUGAGAGACAGGUUUGUAAAGUUUUUUGUAGGUAGCACUCUAACGGGCCAACCAUCGACCAUUCAUUCUGUGUCAGUUCGUAGACUGAAGGAGACCCAAGAUGGCUUUGAGUACCUCACAGAUCAGUCGUACAUAGAUGUACUUCCCCAUCUCAGAGAUAUAUAUCCGAUUAAGUAUAUUUAUACAUUUGAAAGCAACAAUUUUGUUUACUUCUUAACUGUGCAGCGCGAGUCCCUUGACUCUCAAGCCUAUCACACUCGAAUUGUGAGGAUCUGUUCUUCAGACUCUGAGCUGCGCUCCUACAUUGAGAUGCCCCUGGAAUGUAUUUUUACUGAAAAACGAAGAAAAAGGUCUACCGCCAGUGCACUUUUCAAUAUUUUGCAAGUGGCAUACUUGGGCAGAGCAGGUGAAGAUUUGGCAGAGGAAAUGGGUGUCAAACCAGAUGAUGAUAUCCUUUAUGGUGUCUUUGCCCAAAGUAAACCAGAUUCUCCUGAGGCAAACAACAGGUCAGCUGUCUGUGCUGUCUCUGUAAAAACCAUCAAUGAGUUCUUUAACAGUGCUGCAGACAAGCAAAACACAAAGUGCCUUGAGCACUUCUAUGGAAAAGACAACAGAUUAUGCCUUAACAACAAGAGAUCUUUAAGAAAUGCUUCCCAUUGCUCGACACCGAUUGAUGAAUAUCGAGUAGAAGUCACCACUGUAUUACGACGCCUUGAUUUGUUUAUGGAUCAGUUUCGCAAUGUCUUGCUAACAUCAAUCUCAGUCUUUACCCAAGGACGUCUCACCAUUGCCAAUUUGGGAACAUCUGAGGGGCGCCUCAUGCAGGUUGUUAUCUCACGGACUGGUCAGCCAAAGCCCCAUGUUAAUUUUCUCCUUGAUGCAAGACCAGUUUCUCCAGAAAUUGUCAUUAAUACAGCAUCAGAGGAAGGUGGAUACACUUUGGUUAACACAGGAAUGCAAAUAAUAAAAGUACCACUGGUGGUUCUUACUUGUGGACAUCUAAAAUCAUGCAGCCAUUGCCUUUCAUCUCCCUCCGUGAAUUGUGGUUGGUGCAAGAAUCGCUGUACCAGAAAGCAGGAGUGUAUAAAUGAAGAAUGGAUUCAAGAAACCUGUCCUCCUGCAGUUUAUGAGGUUUUCCCCUCCUCAGCUCCAUUAGAGGGUGGCACACAGUUAACCAUAUGUGGAUCGGAUUUCGUCCUGAGCAAAAAUAAUAAUUUUGAUUUGAAAAACACUGUGGUAGUAAUUGGCAAAAAGCGUUGCAAGAUAGAAGGGAAAUUCAGUAACCAAAACAAGUUGGUGUGUAGAACUGACUCCUCAGCCAGCAGUGUGUUUAACAUAAGCAGCAGUGUCUCCAAUGGAAAGCAGGUGGUUAACUUCACAACUUUCUCCUAUGUGAAUCCCAUCAUAACAAGCAUCAUGCCAUCUUAUGGCCCAAGAGCAGGAAGAACAUUGCUUACCAUAAAGGGGCACUAUUUGGACACUGGGAAAGAUCGUAAAGUUUAUAUUGGCAAAGAAAUGUGUAAAAUUAAGAGUUUCUCCAGUGCAGCUAUAGAGUGUUAUACACCUGGGCAAAGUACCACAGGAACCUAUCCGGUUACACUGAAGAUUGACAAUGCUGAUCGGGAAUCAAGCAACAGGUUUACUUACAUGGAGGAUCCUAGUGUUUCUACAAUCAAGCCAGUGAAAUCUUUUCUUAGUGGAGGAAGUUCCAUUACUGCCUACGGAAAAAACCUAAAUGCAGUUGCUUCACCUCGAAUGGUAAUUCGUUUGUCUAAACCUGAAGUAAGCUACAACAUGUCCUGUAUCCACAGAUCUACUUCGGAGUUAAUUUGCUGUUCAACUCCCUCCCUUAAAGAGUUGAAUCUGGAGCCACCAAUUACCACUCAAGUUUUUUUUAUUCUAGAUGGCGUCAUAUCUAAUAACUUUGAAUUAAGUUAUGUGAAUAAUCCCGUUUUUGAGACUUUUGAAAAACCUGUUGUUUUUCCAAUGGGAAAUAAGAAUAUCCUCGAAAUUAAGGGAGAUCACAUUGAUUCUGAAGCAGUUAGAGGUGAAGUUCUGAAAGUUGGCAAUAAGAGCUGUGAAAUUAUUCAAUCUAAAUCAGAUUCUGUUUCCUGUUCAGUUCCCACAGACCUGUUUAAAUCCAACAGCGAGUUAAAGAUAGAGUUUGUCCAAGAAGUCUCCUCCAUAAUUAUCGGAAAAGUGAUGUUUACACAGGAUCAGAAUUUCACGGGAAUAAUCACCGGGGUGGUUUCUUGUGUGGUUUUGCUUUUAAUAAUGUUUGGAAUUCUAAUAUGGAUGAAAAAGCGAAAGCAACUAAAAGAUCUAGGUGGAGAUAUGGUUCUGUAUGAUGGGAGAGUGCACACCCCUCACUUGGAUAGACUUGUGAGUGCAAGAAGCAUUAGUCCUACCACAGAAAUGGUGUCAAAUGAAUCUGUUGACUACAGAUCAACAGUACAAGAAGAUCCAUUUCCAAAUUCAUCUCAGAAUGGGUCAUGCCGUCCAGCACAAUAUGCUCAUCGGGACCUCUCCCCCAUUUUGUCAAGCGGAGAUUCGGAUAUUGCCAGCCCACUCUUACAUUCAUAUGUCCAUAUUGAUAUAAGUGCCUUGAGCACAGAUCUUAUGAUGGAAAUAGAACACAUGGUUAUUCGGGUGGACAGAUUAAUAGUGCACUUUAACAAAGUCAUUGGAAGAGGGCAUUUUGGCUGUGUCUAUCAUGGUACUCUUCUUGAUACUGAUGGGAAGAACAUUCACUGUGCUGUUAAAUCUCUAAACAGAAUUACAGAUAUUGAGGAAGUGUCACAGUUUCUGAAAGAAGGCAUCAUAAUGAAAGAUUUCAGCCAUCUCAAUGUGCUCUCUCUGCUGGGCAUCUGUCUACCUACUGAGGGCUCUCCUUUGGUAGUGCUGCCUUUUAUGAAACAUGGAGAUCUAAGGAACUUCAUCCGAAAUGAAACUCAUAACCCAACUGUAAAAGAUCUCAUAGGAUUUGGACUACAAGUUGCUAAAGGUAUGGAGUAUCUUGCAAGCAAGAAGUUUGUCCAUAGAGAUCUGGCUGCAAGAAACUGUAUGCUUGAUGAGAACUUUACAGUGAAGGUGGCUGAUUUUGGUCUUGCUAGAGAUAUUUAUGACAAGGAGUAUUAUAGUGUCCACAACAAAACAGGAGCAAAACUGCCAGUAAAAUGGAUGGCACUUGAAAGUCUGCAAACUCAAAAAUUUACUACAAAAUCUGAUGUGUGGUCAUUUGGAAUCCUGCUGUGGGAACUAAUGACAAGAGGAGCACCUCCUUACCCUGAUGUCAAUUCUUUUGAUAUAACCAUUUAUUUGCUUCAAGGACGACGACUAUUACAGCCUGAAUACUGCCCAGAUCCACUAUUUGAAGUCAUGUUGAAAUGCUGGCAUCCAAGAGCAGAACUCCGUCCAACUUUUUCUGAACUGGUCUCAAGAAUUUCUUCGAUAUUUUCAACAUUCAUAGGGGAGCACUAUGUACUUUUUAAUGCAACGUAUGUGAACAUAAAAUGCGCUGCUCCCUACCCUUCUCUUCUGUCUCCCGAAGACAACACUGAAUGCAGUAUAGAUACGUGACAACCCGCAAGAUAACAGUGACUGAACCUGAAAUUUUAGUCUUUUAUCCAUGUAGGAGAAAAUGUAUUGCUACGUAACUCUUCGGUGUUUUAUGGCAGUUCUGUUGGACAUUUCUGUUUUUCUUCAUUGCACUAUAAGAUUUUGGUUGGCUGAGUCAAAGCAUACAGGUUGCUCUAAUGAAGAUGAUACACAGUGAUUAUUUACAGGUUUUAUUUAGGAUGAAGAUAGCAGGAAAUUUUGCUCUGGAUUUCCGCUUGUCUUAUGUUUAACCUAUUGAAUAAUUUGGUGGAAGAGAUGGCAGCCUCUUUAAUCUCACUUCAAGCGAUAUUAUGCCUAUAUUUCUCCCCCAGUUAAUGUGAGGUCUUAACCUGCUGAGUUCAAUUUUCUAUUGCACUUUUAAGUCAAAUGAUGGUUUAUGUUCUAAAUCUGUACAUUAUUUAAUAUAACAUCUAACUUGCAAAUCUUCAGAUUAAAUAUCAAGGUUAGUUCUGGGUUAGCCAGUAGGCUCUUAUACAUUGGUAGAGUGUCCUUGUAUUAUUAUGGAUGCACAAAUCCAUAUUUUUACUAUCCUUACCUUAGAAUAUUCAGCAACAUACAAAGCUGCACUUGCUAUCAAGUUCAGUCAGUUUUAAAGCAAGUUGUGUACAUAGAUUGAAUUUCAUUUUGGACUAUAUUUUUUAUCAUUCUCAUUGGACUGAUGAAAGUAAUGGGACUAGUUGGUCCUAUUGUUGCAGCUGCUGGGUUACACAUGUUGUAUAGCACAGCAUAAGGUUGUAGUGGCUGGGAAUAAAAUGGCUCAAUAAGAUGUUUGCCAUGCAUAAAGAUAUAAAGACAUUUUAUAGUCUGCAGCCAUGUAAAAACAAGCACUUUCUUUACAUACAGAUAUGAUUUGAAAAAGCUUAAUUUAAAUCAGGUUUUACAAUAUUGCUAACACUGCUUUCUUCCAGUCUAUACUCGUCUGAAUAAAUAUAGGUGACAUUUUAGGCAAGAUCAUCCUUUCUGCAUUCUGAUUAGAAUAAAGCGGGUCACACACAGCUAGACCAACUUGACUGCGUGACAAUGUCUGUUUGGCCAUACAGAUGGAAGGCUGAAUCUGAAGUUUACAAAGAACUGGAUUUCCAACAAAUCCAGGAUUAAACGCAGAUGUCAAUGCAAGCACUGUUGUGAUUUCCAGAAUAUAAAUGUUCUGAUCUGAUUUAAAAUGGGGUUUGGCCAGCUGUAUACCAUAAAGUAACUACCUCAUAGCGAGUUAAUGCUGUUUUGUGAGCUGCUGCCAGCUAAAUGCUUGUGUGGCUUAUAUGUCUUAAGGAUGGUGGUAACUUCCCAUCAACUGCACAGUGUAACAGGGAUGGGACAUUGAGCUGUGGUUUAUUUAGUAAUAUACUGUUCUCCUUGACCAGUAGGAGCAGAUUAUUACAUUUAAUUUGUCACAUUAGUUUUAUAGCUUUCUUAUAUAAUAUUUACCUUUGCUCAGAUACAUAGGGGCAAAUUCACUAAGCCGCGAAGCGCCGAACGCUAGCGUUAAUUCGCUAGCGUUUGGCAUUUUCGCUACUGCGCAAAUUCACUA